AAUGUCGGUGCUAACUCUACUUAAGCCACCAGCGAAGUGCAAGCCUUACCUAUCGGUUUUUGGACACCGGUACCGCGGCACCCGCUUCAGAACCCGUCCACGCCCGCGCUCACCAGGCUCCGGCGCUAAGAAUCGGCAAACCGACGCCAUCAUAUGAUCAAGUUCACAUAUUCAGUUCUUUCUUCUUCCUUUACGGCAGCCAUUUCUGGUGAGACUUAUUUGCACUGCUUUCUUCUUCGCACAUAUCUCCGACAAAAUGGCACCCUCCACCACUAAGAUGGCUACUCUUACCAGCCAGCUCCGUUUCUCCACUCCCGCCACUUCCGUUAUGGAGUCGUCGACUAUUGGCUGCCCCAAGGAAGUGAUGCCGUUUGAAUACCGUGUGGCGCUCACUCCCGCCACCGUCGCUGAACUCGUCAACAACGGCCACAAGGUUGUCGUUCAGACUGGAGCUGGAGUUGCUUCUGGUUUCACUGACGAAUCCUACACUGCCGCAGGCGCGACCAUGGUCCAGACAACGGAGGAGGUCUACAAAACCUCGCAGAUGAUCGUCAAGGUGCAAGCUCCACAACCUCAGGAGUACUCCUUCAUCCAGCCAGGACAGGUGAUCUUCGCCUUCUUCAGCUUCGAGAACAACAAGACCCUGUUCGAGACUAUGAUGCAACGCGAAGCUGUGUGCUUCUCUUACGAGCAGAUGAAAACCGAAACUGGGACGACCCCAAUUCUCCAGGCCAUGUGCGAGAUCUCUGGACAACUCGCGAUUUCUCAGGCGAUGAAGUAUCUUGAGAAAACCAUGGGUGGCUCCGGCUGCAUGCUCGGCACAGUCACUGGCAUGACCUCCGGUUACGUGCUCGUUCUCGGCGGUGGUGUCGCUGCGAUGCAAGCCGCUCGCGUUGCUGCCAGCACCGGUGCUCAGGUUUGCAUCAUGGACGUGUGCAUGUCGAACAUGCGAACCAUGACUGAGAUGUUGCCCAAGAACUGCACCACCAUGUACUUCUGCACCGAAAACCUCGUCCAGCAGAUCCAAAAGGCGGACGUUGUUAUCGGUGCUGUCUUCGGCAGCUUCCAGAUGCCCGCCACCGUUACCAACACUACCGUUAUGAACCAGAAGACUACCAUGACCCAGGUGACGAAGGCUCCCAUGCUCGUCAAGAAGGAACACGUGGCCAUGAUGAAGCCUGGUUCCGUCAUUGUCGACCUUGCGGUGUCUCGUGGAGGCAACUUCGAGACCACCCAGCCGACCACCCUCGAGACGCCCACCUUCAUCUGCAACAACGUCAUCCACUAUUGCGUCCCGAACAUGCCCUCCGCAGUCCCUCAAACAUCUUCCGUCUCCCUUGCCAACAACACGCUCGCCUACGUUCUGCAGGUGGCGAACAACGGCUGGAAGAAAGCUUGUGUUGAGAACUCCACUCUCAUGGAGGGUUUGAUGGUUGCUCAGAACACGACCACCAACUACAUGCUCUCUCAAGUCUACACUGGCACAGUGUUCGUCCCGAGCAUGCAGAUGAUGAAGAAUGAGAUGACCAUGAUGAACACUCAGACUCAGCACCAGACUGAAACUAGCCUUGCUGACAUCAAACAGCAGCUCAACCAGAUCCGCACCAUGACCAACAUGUACGGAAACUUCACUGUUGAGGCUUAAAUGACUGGUUGUUUUUCUACAGUUGUGCGCAACGAGCUAAAAGGGUUUCGCUUCGGCCACGCGUUUGUUUCGUUUCCAGUUGUGAUAGUAGUGCCAUUUAUUUCCAUGCCGUCCAUUGGUGCAAACCUGCACGCGAUGCUUCCAACAGUAACGGACAAGUCUUGCGUUUGAAAGCGCUGAUACGGAAACGACUUGGCACAUUGCAGUGCAUCAAGG